AUGUACUUUCUGAUUUUCUCAAUGUACAAAGUAGCUACUUUGAGGUGCCCUGCAAGUAAUGCUUUCCUUGUUCCACAUGAGUGGUACCAGCCUGGAGACUUCAUCAUUGGUGGAAUAGCGUCCCACAUUCUUUACCACUUUUUUGAAAUGAAAUUUAAUGAACAUCCUGCCAGAAGACCUAAUGAUGUACCAAUUAUAAUCACCAAAUUUCAUCAGCACGUCCUUGCCUUGGCCUUUGCUGUGAAGGAGAUCAAUGAGGACUGCCAGAUCUUACCUAAUGUCACUCUUGGGUUCCACAUCUAUGACAGUUACUACAACCCAAGGAUGACCUAUCGCACUACUCUGGACCUCUUUUUUAAAUCCCAGGAAUUUGUCCUUAACUACAAAUGUGAUCGCCAGAAAAAACUCAUGGCUAUUAUUGGAGGAUUGGAUUUUGAUACAUCAUCUUAUAUUUCUGAAAUAAUGGGUUUCUUCAAGUUUUCACAACUGACAUAUGGCUCAUUGGCCCAAGAUGCAUUUCAGACCAGUAAGCUCUCUUCACUUUAUUUCAUGGUCCCAAAAGAGGACCAUCAAUACAUUGGAAUUAUCCAACUACUUCACCAUUUCGGGUGGACGUGGAUUGGGAUUUAUGCUGUUGAUAACAAUAAUGGAGAAAAUUUCUUACAGAAAAUACAGCCCUUACUUUCAGAGAACGGAAUCUGCUCAUCAUUCAUAGAAAGGCUUGCACAACUGAUCCACUUAGAAGACCUCCAAGAACUUUAUCAUACAGUCUCAAUUAUCUCCAUUAAUUUUAUGAACAGCAAAACCAAUGCAUUUCUUGUCCAUGGAGAAUCCUGGGCAAUUUUGUGGUUAAGAUUUGUCACAUUUUUGGCAGAUCCUGAGAGCAAGGAAACUGCAUUAUUUAGAAAGGUGUGGAUCAUGACUGCACAGAUUGAUUUCAUAUUAUCAGGAUUUCAAAUCACAUGGGAUCUCAAAAUGUUCCAUGGGGCUAUUUCCUUCACUGUUCAUUCAAGAGCAGUUGUAGGUUUCAAGAAAUUUCUUCAGACUGCAAAUCCUCUUUCAAACAACAAAGAUGGGUUUCUGCAGGAAGUUUGGGAACAAUCAUUUGAUUGUUCAUUUCCAAAAUCAGAGUUACAAAAAAUGCAGAGUAGGAAAUGCACUGGGGAGAUGAAGCUGGAGGACCUUCCUGCACUUGUAUUUGAAAUGGAAAUGACUGGCCAAAGCUAUAGUAUCUACAAUGCUGUUUAUGCUGUGGCUCAUGCUUUGCAAGGUCUACUCAUUCUGGAGUUCAAUAGAAAGAAAACUAAGAUGGAUAAAAAACCCGAUUUUCAAUAUCUGCAGGCUUGGCAGAGAGUUAGAGUUGGAAAGCUGGAUCUACAGGCCCCAAAAGGGAAGGAAUUACUCAUUGAUGAAGAUGUGAUCGUCUGGAAUCUAGCUUUUAACCAGGUUCUUCCACUUUCUCGAUGCAAUGACCCUUGUUUCCCUGGAUCCUGGAAGAAAGGGAUUGAGGGGGAACAAUUCUGCUGCUAUGCCUGUGUUCCAUGUCCAGAAGGGAAGAUUUCAAAUCAAAAUGAUAUGGAUGACUGUUUUGAAUGUUCAGAAGAUCAGUAUCCAAAUAAAGAAAAGAAUGGAUGUAUCCUGAAAGCGAUGGUAUUUCUAACUUUUGAAGAAACCCUAGGAAUUGGUUUAGCCUCAGCAGCUCUUUGUUUCUUUUUCUUGACAACUUGGAUACUUGGAACUUUUAUUAAGAACAGGGAUACUCCGAUUGUCAAAGCCAACAACAGGUUCCUCACCUACACCCUGCUUGUCUCUCUUCUGCUCUGUUUUCUCUCCUCUUUGUUCUUUCUCAGCCAUCCUGGCAAAGUGAUCUGCCUUCUCCGACAAUCAAUGUUUGGCAUCACUUUCUCAGUGGCCAUUUCUAGUGUCUUGGCUAAAACCAUCACUGUAGUUGUGGCUUUCAUGGCCACUAAACCAGGAUCUCAGAUGAGGAAAUGGGUGGGGAAAAGAGUGGCUUUUUACACUGUCCUUUCCUGUUCUCUCUUUCAAGUAUUGAUUUGCAUUAUUUGGUUGUCAACAUCUCCACCAUUCCCUGAGUUGGACAUGUAUUCAGAACUCCAAGAAAUAAUUUUGCAAUGCAAUGAGGGGUCAGAUUUCUUCUUUUAUUGUGUCUUAGGCUACAUGGGUAUCUUGGCCAUUGCCAGCUUUUUUGUGGCUUUUCUUGCCCGUAAACUACCUGACAGCUUCAACGAAGCCAAGUUCAUCACCUUCAGCAUGUUGGCCUUUUGCUGUGUAUGGAUCUCCUUCUUUCCAGCCUAUCUGAGCACAAAAGGCAAAGCCAUGGUAGCUGUGGAGAUCUUCUCCAUCUUGUCCUCCAGCGCUGCAUUACUGGGAUGCAUAUUUUUGCCAAAAUGCUACAUAAUUGUUUUUAGGCCUGACCUCAAUCACAGGGAGCAACUCACAAAGAGAAAUUAG